GUUGUAGGACUUACGGGGGGUAUCGCCUCCGGUAAAUCCUCAGUCUCGCAACUCCUGGUUUCACACGGUAUCCCCAUCGUCGAUGCCGAUAUCCUUGCUCGGCGCGUAGUUGAACCCGGGACUUCCCCACAUGCUCAAAUCGUUGCCACCUUUGGUUCUGAAGUGUUGCUGCGAGAUGGGUCGCGUGCAAUUGAUAGGAAGAGACUGGGCGAGGUUGUUUUCAAUGACGAACACAAGAGGAAAUUGUUAAACGCGAUUGUUCACCCUGCCGUAAGGAGAGAGAUGAUUUGGGACGUUGCGAGGUAUUGGCUUACAGGGCAUAAAGUGUGCGUGGUCGAUGUGCCAUUGUUAAUUGAGGUGGGGUUAUGGAAAUACGUUUCCAAGGUUGUUCUGGUUUAUUGCUCCAAAGAUAUUCAACUACAGCGACUUAUGCGCCGAGAUAGGAUCCCGCAAGCUGCCGCCACCGCACGCAUCAAUUCUCAGCUCCCCUUAACAUCCAAACUCGAAUAUUCCGAUCAUGUAAUCGACAACUCUGGCUCCCUUGUCGAUCUCGAAACACAAGUCGCCUCUCUUGUGAAGCGAUUAAAAAGAGAUGCCGGUUGUAUGUGGGUCAUUAAUUGGCUUAUUCCUCUCAUCGGUCUUGUUGCGGGCCUUCUAAGGCUGUUAUGGCGGAGUAUCAGGCGACGGAGACGACAUGGUCCGCCAGCUACCCUGGGGGAAGGAGAGGAGAGCCCACUGGCUCAAUCAGGCUGCAAGGACCCGAUACUGAAUAAGUUGAAGCGCUCGAGUACUAUUUAUUUAUGCUUUACAAUUUCACAUCGGUGCCGCUUCUAG